CCUUUCAUCCCGAGAGAUAAUUCAAGGCGAAAACAAAGCUGAAUCUUUGGCCAAAUUAAAUUUUCAGCUAGCAUUACCGUUUGGUAUCGCUAUACUAUAAGACACCAUUAUACUUUGUUUCUUAGGGCCUGUUUACAUGGAGGUGGGGGACCCCAGGUAGGUGAGGUAACCCACUUAGGUGGGGUAACCCGCCUGUCCAUAUAAUCUCUCAUUUUACUUGGAUCACGUUUACAAGAUAGGUGGGGUAACCCAACUAGCCGGGGUAGGAUUCGCAAUACAUCAAAUUCGCGAAAAAUUCAUUUUGGCGGUGGCUUUGCAUCAUUAUUAAAGGUAGCAAUAGAAAGCCACAUCAUUGAAGGUUUCAGCAAGAGCAGCAAGUGGGUGUAGAAGAGCAUUAAUCGCCAAAACACGAGGUUUGCCGGCAUUUUUCUUGUUUACGUGCUAAGGGACCAUUCAAUAAUCUUGAAAAUCUGCAACUCGGGAUGGCGGGGUUGCAAGAUUUCAUGUAAACGAGGAUUAUUUUUUCACUCCACCUAAGCGGGUUACCUCACCUACCUGGGGUCCCCCACUUCCAUUUAAACAGGCCCUUAGUGAAUAGGUGCACACGGGGCUAUCUUCCCACGAAAGAAUUUGAAUUUAUCGCAUGUAAAACAUUGACAUUACUCACACUGAAAUGUACUAGACAUGGAUAUAUGUAUUGUCCGCAUUAAAUAAUAAUAAGAAUAAUUUGAGUCAUUUAUAACAUUUUUAUCAAAUAAUCUAUCAUGGCUAUUGAAAAUUUAAGAUGUAAAUAUAUUUUCCUUCUAGUCGAAUUCAAACGUAAAGAAUUUUUUACUUUUUACGGAGGAUAUUUGCUAAACACCAAACUUUAAGUUCCUAGUGUUGGAUUUUCAGUAGCUGGUCUAGAUCGUGCAAAAUUAGGCGUUUAUCAAUUUCAAAGUUUUUUUUAUUUAUUGUUGUCAUAGUAAUAUCAAUUUUACUAAAACCUACAUUUUGACAAAUUUCAAUCUAUAGUCAAUCAUUGGUGAAAAUUUUAUAGCGAUCAGACAAGAAUCAAAUCACUUUUAAAGUGACUGAAAAAUAUCUCCAUGGCCUCUGAAAAACUAUAUCGAAACAUCUUAAGUUAAUGACAGGCUGAGUUCAAGUAUUACAAGAAGAGACCUCGUCUUUGGGCAUUCGCAUUGCACGACUUAGUUGAGUAGAAAAUAAUGAAAUGUAUUAAAAAAUUUUAAUCCAUUCUCAUUUUUUGUUUUGCUAUUUUAAGGCUGAUUUGUAAACCAAGCGGCGAUUGUGUGCCCGAUUUCCAAAGAAAAUGGCGGUGCAACAGAUCAUUUUAAUCUAUCCAGUUUUUGACCAGUUUAUAUCUUGUCGUUUUUCUUUCGAAAAAUCAUUUUGUUAUCGCGCAAGAAUGAAGCUGCCUCUAACAUAAAUGUCUCCCAACAGUAUUUUGCAGAAUAUAUAUUUUGAAAAAGUAGGUUCACGUUCUACAUUAUGUAACGUCGGCUACAGCAAAAAUAAAAACCGCGAGAGGACGAUACGCUCUCUUUUUGACUGACUCUAGAUCGUAAUAGCCGUGGAGGCUACUCAACAUAGUUUUAUAUGAGGAGUCCCUGCCCCGAGGACUAACCCCUUAACCCUCCACUUGCCAUUUUUGACAGAAAGGAUACCCUUUUGUAUACCUUCUAUUGGCCGUAUUUAAACUAGAGACGGAUUAUCCGCCUGACAGGGGUUAUCCGGUGGAAAGUUAGCGUCAGGCAGAUAAUCGUCUUAUAUGAUUGCACUUAAGCCUUCCUCUUCAGUUAUGGGCCCAUAUCAUGGCUGUAAUAACGAAAAAAAUACAUCCGAAUAUAAUCCCCACCGGGUAUAAUAAGCUCCUCCCGUGCUUGAACUAAAUUGAAUUCGAUUUAUGAUGACGUUUUGAAGCCUUUAUUAACGAUAAGUAAAUGCAAAACAUCUAUUUUGAUCAGCAAUGCUACAGCUUAUUUCAAAGCGCGUUUUUCUAUGCCAUCAAUAAGCUCCCACGGGUAUUAAAGCCCCUCCGUUUGUACGCCUUUGUAUAAGCAACAGUUUAUGGUAAUAGUUUUAUACUGAAGACGCUCUGUUAAGAAUGAGCCACAGUUGACAGGACUGGAUGUAACUCGAUGUCGAUGAACUUUGUGUCCGGCACCAACUAUACAAACGUCGUACAAAAUUUCGCACGACUUUGAGGAGCUAUAUCUUCGCCACUUUUCAACAAAUCACUUUCAAAGCUUGGCAAUUUUACUUAUUUUAAGGCCUUUCCUUUCAGUGGUGCCAACUGCUUAAGUUCUCUAUAUCAAAAGUUGGCAAAAAGAAAAGAACGUGGAAUAGUCUCUCCUGAAUUGAAAGAUGUACCCUGUUGGGAAUAACCUCCCCGUAUAGGUCGUUGUAGGGAGCCCCCACCCCCCUUCCCACCCCUUCUCCAAGGUAUAAGAUAUGGGUGUUUUAAAAAAAAGCACACACGAACACUAGACACGUUGAGGCUUGUUUAGCUGGAGCUUAAUGGAGCCGCUACUUUUUCUGACAUAACAUAGCCAACUUAGACCGAAGGCAAAGUAUUAUUUUUGGCGCACUAAAGAGGAAGGGCAUCGGGUACCGUUAGAAACGCAAAGUCGUGAUAGCAUGCAUAAAACUUUGCUUUUGUAACAAUUUAUGUUCUGUGAUUUAUUUUUGGAAUGUUCAUCUUUUGACCCUGUUUCAGUACUCUGAAGCGGGCUUAAAAAAAGAGAAUAAGAAGAUGCAAAAAAUUGCCAUAAAAGGAAAAACAAUCAAGCAAAAACAAACAAACAAUAUACAGGAAAAGAGGUUUUACUUAAAAUAUUUGCUAUAAAUAAUUGAAUAAGCACGAGUACCUAGCACUGUAUUCAGAAAACGCUGUGUUCUCGUUCUAUUCUCAUCGCCAUGGUUCAGUAUUUCGCGGUUUUCCUGAUUCUCUCUUUCUUUGGUGGCUCUCUGGGAACAACCACCUCACCUCAGCAACAAAACGCCUCAAAGUUAAAAGACUUAUGCCAGGUAAGAAAUGCAUAAAGAUAUAAAAAGGAGUACUGCGCCGUAGAUUAGGUCGUUAUGAUCAUUUACUAAAUAGUACCCGCUAAAAGUGUAUGGCAGUUUAUUUCAAAGUCCUCGUUUCAGCAUGAUCUUUCUUCCAAAUCUGAAGCCUGUCCAUUGUUACCUGUUAAUUUUCUCUGAUUCCAUGUCCAAGAUCCGUUCCGUGCCUCGAAAACAAGGGAGACGACCGGCGGGUAUAGAGUUUGUUUAUUUUGGUGCGGAAUCAUUGUUUGCAAGGAAGCUACGGGCGUGUAUGAACGGAAUUAUCCUUUCAAUUCCAAAAGAGAAUUACCAUUCCUGGUACAUGGCUUUCAUUAGAAAAAUGGUAUUCCAGAGAAAAAGCAAUGCUUUUCCUAUCAAUCUGUGAAAUUAAAUUCUGGGGCAAUUUAAAUUGCGAGUUUUUACAGCUGAAAACAUUUACGAAACUCGCGUGAUUUACGACCUUUGAACUUGCAGUGGUUUAGAUGAAUACAAGCAAGAACUUUUUACACAGCAUUCGAAACUCAGGCGAAAAUUCGUCCCUUUUCCUCCAGUUUAAUUAAACACCAAAACAGUUUGACCUACCUCACGUUAUUUGACAACGGACCCGAAUCCUUUACUCCCUUAAGCGAAACAAGAUUGCCUGACAAAGAACUUUGAGACCCAAGAAAACCGCGAAGACAGAUACCAUUCUGAAAAAGAAACUCGCGUGGCACCUUCUGUAGCUAUAAAAGCGAAACAUUUAAAUAAUCAGAAUCCUUAGUUUUCCACAAGAGACUAUGAAGUGGUGGGCCUUUAUGGUCUCUUAUUUUACAUAAACUUCUGCUGAAAAAAGCGCUAAAUCGUAGUCUGAAAUGUCAUCCGAGAAAAAGGGGGGUGGGGGGCUUAUUAGAAGGAGGGGGCUAUUUGAGAGGAGGGGCUUAACAGAGGGUUAACGGUAUAUUUUACUAUUAUUGGGGUCCAGAAAACCGUUCUUUAUAUCAAGGACUUAGUUCCAUAGAGGUUCUUUAUAUCAGGGUUCCACUGUAUAAGGGCCGGCCUACCACUUUAUAGUCUUUUGACGAAAAAAAAUAUUUUUUUAGUGUUACAUUUGAAGGAUCACUCUAGCGGAUAAGUCAAGGAAACUAAGGAUUUUGAUUACUUACAUGUUUCGCUUUUAUAAUUACAGAAGGUGGCGUGAGUUUCUUUUUUAGAAUGGUAUCUGUCUUCGAGGUAUAAAUUGGGUCUCUUAGUUCUUUAUCACGCAAUCUCUGGUUUCGCUAAAGGAAGUACACUGUAAAGAAUUCGGGUCUGUUGUCAAAGAAGUCAAAAAAUGAGAGGUACGUCAAAAUGUUUUCCUUUUUAUAGCUAUAACUAUUUAUUUCAUGAGAAAUGAGAGCGUUUUAAAGAAUAGCUAUCGACACUAAAGCCGUUUUGUACGUAAAUGAUACCUGUUACAAAAGGUAAAAGUAAACAUUUAAGCACGUAAGGAAAGUGUUGUAGUCAGGAAGUUCAUAGCUCACUUCCGCACAAUAAAACGCUUUUCCUUUUGAAAAUUUACCAGUGCAAUCUAGAAUCGUUCGUGGUAUUUAAACUGGUGGAAAAAGGGCGAAUUUGCGCCAGAGUUUUAAAUACUGUCUAAGUUCUCACUUGUAUUUAUCAACUUCAUACCACUGCAAGUUCAAAGGUCGUAAAAUCACGCGAGUACCGUAAAUGUUUUCAGUCGUAAAAACUCGCAGUUUGAAUUGCUUAGAAUUUUAUUUCACAGAUUGAUAGGGGGAGCAUUGCUCUUUCUCUGGAAUACCAUUUUUCUAAUGAAAACCAUGUACCAGGAAAGGAUUUUCGCCGUUGAAAAAUGGUAAAAUUGAUGGUUGCGAUAAUGCUGAUUUAGGGGGUAAUUUAAAAAAAAGAAUCAAACAAUCAGAUUGAAAUCUUUUGAAAUUAUAACAACCCUUAGAUACAAAGGAAGGAUCAUGAAAUUGUUUAAUAUAAGAAAAGUCAUGGUAUUAGUUUCCAUUUCCAUUCACGAAGUGAGGGUAUCAAGCACAUUUUUCGGUGGUUUGAAUGCCUCUCGAAGGUGAAAAUUAAAACAAUUGAUUAUUUUGGAAAAUAUUAAGUCCAAGAACUGAGUCUUUUAUUUUUCCAAAAUAGUUUCCAAAGGGCUUUGUUGUGACAAAGUUUGCGGGAGGGGGGAGAGACGAGGUCUGGGACCGUGAAACGACUUUCUCACAACUUGCAAAGCGGUCAUCCAGCGUGGUGGUCAGCGGAUAAUUACAAUAUUUUUUCCCACAGUAAAAUAAUAUUUUUAGACUUUUUAGAAGCAAGAAGCGAACCGACAGAGGAAAUGAGAAAUGCUUAAAAAAUUGAAAAAAAUCAUAUCAUGCAUCUUUGUUUUUCUUCCAUAUCGUAUUUGUUUUUCGGUACUGAAAUGCGGGGCAAACAAAAACACAACCGUACUAGAUCUUAACCAACAACAACGCGCUCGAUGGAUUUAUUUAUAGGGUACAUCGUUUUUGCCGGGCAAGGAUAACUUGAUGCUGAUAAAAAUUACUGGAGCAAGUAUAUUCAAGAGAGCUUUAUAAAAAUGAGCUUACUGCUCUACAUAUCAUAACUGAAUAAAAAUUAACACUUCAUAACAUUUCACUUCGUUUAUUUCGAUCAGUCAACACCUUCAAUCCGAAGUUAAAAUUCAAAACCAUCCUAAAACAAAUCACAACUACUACUGAAAGCUCUGUACCUUGAAGCGACUUUAACUUUCAUAAGGUUUGCAGCAAAACACUGCUCGAUAGCUCUGACAACUCUUCGGCGGUUCUUAGCAGCUAUACGGACUAUAUGUUGCAUAUUCGAAACUCUGCAAAGGGAAAUUGUUUAACAGAAAAAGAAAACCACACACUAUGUCUGAAAAGCGACAUAAAAUCAAUAAAUUUGCGAAUUACCAAAAAAUAAUAAUGAGAAACAGUCCCGCCUUCGACUGCCAUGUUUUUGUUUUUUUUCUGAAGACCGUCGAUCUGUGAUUUUUGACGUAAUGCGCAUGAUCAGUACACAAAUCCGCUGGCAAGACCCUUGCUGAUUGCUUUGCAAGUUGUGAGAACAUCGUUUGGAUUUCAUUUAAGAGAAUGUAUGGGAAGUAGCUCCCCCCACCCCCUGUUUUGGGGGAUUUCAAUUCUUCCAUCUUGCACACCUAUCCAUGGUAUUUACAGAAAGUCGCUCUUAAAAGUCAUCUUUACUUUAAUUUCAGCGAUCUAUGAUGGGUUUCCCUGGUAUUCCGGGAUCAAAUGGUGUACCUGGAGUACCGGGCGUCCCGGGGCCACACGGGCCCCAAGGAAAGGAAGGUGUAAAAGGACAAAUUGGUGAUAAAGGAUCGCGAGGAAUGCCGGGUUUAAGAGGAGACAGAGGGCGCGAAGGGCCUCCUGGGAAGAGUGGACCCCGCGGAAUUAAGGGAAUGAAGGGUCAACAGGGACUUCUGGGAAUGAAAGGAGAGCCAGGUAUUGUGGGAAAUCCAGGAAGAAAAGGGGGAAAAGGAGAGAAAGGAGAAAGCACCAAAGCAAGUCAAGCAAGUGUAGUACCACAAACCAACUGGAAACAAUGUGUGUGGAAAUCACAGAGUAGUACUAAUAACGGAAAGAUCAAGGUAAAUACAAAUAAGAAUCAUAACACACUCCUAAGGAAAUCCAUUCCUUUUUGAAUUAAAAUAUUUCAAAGAAGAGUUGCCAACACGUUACAUAAAUAACUAAUUAGUUGCAUUUCCCUAAAAUUUGGUUCUUUUUGAACGAAAAAAAACCAAAACAAAACAACAACAACAACAACAACAACAAAAACACACAUCAUGGGUGAUAAAAUGGAUCCUGGCCAUAUGGAUAAGGACAACAAAAAUUGAAGCUAUUACAGAGUUUUUAAAAAUUAGGAAGUAAUCUUGACUGGAGUUGUUAGUAUCAAUUAUUACACACUGUUGUUCGCCUUGCUACAACAUGUUUGAUUUGUUUAAUUUUAUUCCAGGAAUGUGCGUUUAACAAACUGCAGUCUAAUUCAGCGCUCAAAGUCUCAUUCCAGGGAAACAUGGCGGUCUAUGGAAGUAGUGAAAAGUGUAACCGAUGGUAUUUCAAGUUCAGUGGAAAUGAAUGCAGUGGACCAAUGACGAUUGAGGCUGUUGUUUACAACAACUGGCCAUCUGGAACCCCUACUCUGUUGCAUCAUCGGUCUUUUGAGGGGUACUGUGAAAACAUCCCACAAGGUGCGGUCAGAGUGGAAUUAUGGGUAGGACAGUGCAGUGGUGGCUGGACCCUAGGUAAUGCUGACACUGGGUGGAAUUCAGUGUCCCGGAUAAUGAUUGAAGAAGUAUCUAGGCCCCAGUCCUAA